AUGGCUGAUAUCAAACACCAAAUCGAUCCAAAGCAAUUUGGUAAUAUGAAAGGCAGCUCUGUGUCGCAUUACCUAGUCAGCCUGCUUGAUGAUCUACAGCGGGGCCUGGAUAAGCCAAGUCAUCAUGCAACGAUUUGUACAAUCGACUUCAUGAAGGCCUUUGACCUCAUCGACCAUACGAAGGCUCUACAGAAGCUGAUUCAACUGGAUGUCAACCCGGCCAUCAUCACAGUGAUAGCUAGUUUUCUCACGCAACGUACGCAGACAACUCGAUAUUGCGGUACAUCAUCAUCUGAGCAAGAGCUAUCAUGUGGGGUUCCACAGGGAACCAAACUCGGUCCGGUAAUCUUCCUAAUUAUGAUCAACGAUGCCGCCGAGACUACCUCGAAGAGAUGGAAGUAUGUGGAUGACGUAACUAUUGCUGAAGUUAUCCAUAAAGCAGAGCCAAGUCAUCUACAGUCUCAUGUGGAUGCGCUAUCUGCAUGGAAAGAAUGGAGCAAGCUGUCCUCGCCACUCCAGGAUCCAUCAUUACAAGCCUUGGCAGUCUAUGAUCUUCCUUCACUCCUGAUGACUGCCAAGGCAUCUUCAACCACCAAGCAAUACCUUCAUUCUUGGAAAAGAUGGGAGGAUUGGGCCACGUCUAAAAAAGGUGUGUCGGUUUUCCCGGUGCAAUCCUUCCAUUUAUUUCUGUACAUAUCACAUUUGGCUACAACCGGCAUGAAGUCGCUUGCCGACUCUGCGACAGCAGCUAUAAAGUGGGUCCACAACUUAGCAGGUCUGCAUUCUCCUACCGAUAACCCAAUGGUCAAGCUCGCCCUGCAAGGUUUCAAACGCGCCACAUCUUCACCGACACUAAGAAAGCAUCCGAUCACCCCGGAUAUUCUGAUGAAGAUCUACGAGAAAUACGGGCAUGACCAUGCUUCUCUAGCAGAUCUACGGGUUUUGUUUGCGUGCUUCAUUUCUUAUGCUGGUUUCUUGAGAUUUGAUGAUCUGAAAAAUAUUUCCAAUAACGACCUCACAUUCACAUCUGAUCGUCUCGUCAUUCAUCUCGCGAGCUCAAAAAAAGACCAAUUUAGACAGGGGUCUGAUGUCGUUAUCGCUAGAUCAUUCAAGCAAUCAUGUCCAGUUCGUGUAGCUGAGAGAUAUCUUGCAGCCCUCCGAGAUCCUCCGGGCUCGCUUCUACCUGUCCUUCGUAGACUAUGCUCAUCUACCAAAGGUUUAACUCCUACCGUUCACCCUCUCAGUUAUACCCGUACCCGUGAAAUAGUGCUAGACGCCAUCAAGCCGUUUGUAACUGACAUCUCAGCUUACGGUCUCCACAGCAUGAGGUCAGGAGGGGCAACUGCAGCCUUAAACGCCAAUGUCUCACUUUUUCUGAUUUCGAGGCACGGACGAUGGAAGUCGACGAAGGCCAGGAACGCUUAUUUACAACCCGACGCCAAGUCUGACCUCAUACCUUCACAGAGCCUCGGAAUUUGAAUCACUAUCGUUCGUAUUUGACUAUCUAGCACGUAUAUUCGUAGUAUACUGCCAACAAUUUCGCUAUUUUACACGUAUGUUUACAUGACACCUACAAAACUCUUAUCCAAAAUAAUUGUAGGUGCACGGUUUUUUCAUAAACAAGGAACAGGGAGUGCGCCCUCGUUCAGUUCCCUUGGUCGCAACCACGUUUCCUCCAAAAAAUAACAAAUACAUUGGGGGUUGUUCGUGGCCUCCGUAAACUAGUGUCCAACACUAGCUAGGCACUGGACGCCUUGUUUUCCAUUUUCGCUAGGUUUAUCCUUAAAACUAAAUAAAUAAAUAAAUAAAUAUAGAUAAAUCGCACGAUUAGCUUCCACCUAACAAAAUUGAUGUAUAUAUUUCGUGCGCAUGUAAUGCUUUCCGUAGGCGCCUAAAUACAGCCUACCUGGUUCUACAUAUUUAAACGUGUCUCAUGUUUACUGUCUAUAUUACACGUCGUGUUAUUAUCCAUCAAAUUGAAAGAAGAAUUUGUAAAAAGAAGAAGUGUAAACAAAAAUAAAGAAAAGUCAAGAGCCAGUACUGCUCCGUAACAAUCUGUUCACCAAUAUCCUGUUUCAAACUUGUCAUUUAUUUUGUAUUAAGGUAGAUAUAGAAUAUAAAUUAACUUUCUGACGGAACGUAAGUGGAGGA